AUGGUGUCCCCGGAGGAGGAGGAAGACCGUGAUUUGGGGGGUUCUCAAGAUGGAAGCAGUGACAAUGAGAACGAUAUGGAUGAUAACAUGCGGGACAUUGACGAUGGCGACGGUGAUAACGGCGAUGGCGAUGACAAUGAACCAGAUGGAGAGCAAGACCAGGACCAAGAACCCGACAGCCCUUCGAAUGCGAGCCAAACAUCAGAGGGCGCAGGAGGAUUGUCGCAUCAAAAUCAAGAUCCAUCUAUGCGAACUGAGGAUCCUUCCAUGGCCGACUCGUUUUCCAUCUAUCACCCAAGCGUGCGCGCAGAGUGCCUGACGGCUAGUACCUACGAUAUCGCUCCUACUACGGCCGCCCCCCAUAGUACAUCUAUCAACGCGAUUGCUGCGACGGCCGAUAUGCGCUGGGUUUUUAGUGGUGGAUCCGAUGGCUAUACGCGAAAAUUCAACUGGGCAGAGUCAACUAACAGCAAACUCAUGUUGACUGUGGCGCAAAGACACCCAUUCGUUGAUAGUGUCGUGAAAGCUGGUCUAUUGAUGACAUACUGGGAGAAUAUGGAUGGUAAUAGUCUGUCGCCAGUUUAUUCCCUCGCAUGUCAGAGCGAGGGCCUCUGGCUACUUUCGGGGUUAGAGUCGGGCGCUAUUAGACUACAGACGUUGCGACACGAUGAAGGCAAAGAGAUUAUUCAACUAAGACAGCAUACCUCGGCUGUAUCUUGUUUGAAUCUCACCUCAGAUGAGAAAUCUCUUCUGUCAGGUAGCUGGGAUAAGCGCGUCUUCGAUUGGGAUUUAAACACGGGACAAGCGCGCCGUGCGUUUGGUGGGAGCGCUAGACAGAUAUCAUCGGUGCAAAUCCGACCGGAAUCUAGUCUGCCUGUUCCAACAGACACAAUUGAAGCCUUGACGAAUGGGACAUAUUCGUCAAAUUAUCAAGCCCGACCAACGGACAAGUUCAAUUCCAUGGAUCAUUCGCAAGAUGCUGGAGACUCGGGGGCCGCUGAAAACCCGCAAGCGGGAUCACCAACGGAUUCACUAUUUGGAGGAGCAGACUCAUUAUUUGGUGAUGCAGACGGAGGGGCUGCAGAUGGAGGAGAGCCCUCCGGUGGAGUAUUUGGGGUAGAUGAAGAUGACGAGUUUGGCAAAGCUAUGGCGAAUGGUCUCGCUGAAGCAGAUGCUCCUGGAGAGAUUGAUUCAGAUAUCCCACAACCAGAUGCUCCCAAUCAGCCAGAGCCGGCCGCUGUCCCUGAACCAGAUACCGCUUUGGACAACCCAGAACAAAAUCACGAACAACCCGACACCGAGAUGUCAGGUACGGAGACACAAUCACAAGUAAAUGGUAUUCCUAAAGCGGAAGAUCUUGAAACACCUACAGAUCAAGACCUACCCCAGACCAUGCCAACAGAACAGCAAGGAUCUGGGGCCGAUACGACAUUUUUAGCAGCAUCUAUUGAUGGGACCAUUCGGGUAUGGGAUAGACGUCAACCGGACCCAGUAGCUAGAAUUAGUCCACGGAAUGUGCCCCCGUGGUGUAUGAACGCCUGUUGGUCUCCAGAUGGAAAUUAUAUUUAUGCUGGACGUCGAAACGGCACCGUGGAGGAAUUUAGCUUACACAAGGGCCUUCGGGAAGCCGAACGUACAUUCAAGUUUCCGCAAGGGAGUGGCCCAGUGACGGCGCUUAAAGCGAUGCCAAAUGGCCGUCAUUUGGUCUGUGCUUCUCAUGAUAUUCUCCGCCUAUACGACUUGCAACAUGACCAGUCAUCUCGACAAUCUACCACACCCUUCCUCAUUAUACCAGGUCACCGUACCGGUACCAUAUCCCAAUUAUAUUUGGAUAAUGCAUGUCGAUUUAUGAUAUCUGCGAGUGGAAACCGUGGCUGGGAAGGAAACACCACAGAGGUUUUCCUGGGCUACGAAAUAGGAGUCCCUCAAUAA